GCAAGUGUUUGCAAUCACACAGACACGGAAGUCGCGCUGUGCAACCAACUCUGCGACGAAAGAGUAGGACAAUGUCCUUGUCUAGACAACUCUUCGUCUCCCACGGUAUCUGCGUCGUCAUCAGCGCUGUUAAAACAGCAGUGAGAAUAGAAGUGAAGGCAACGCGCAUGUGGGCUUUAGCGCGACGCUAAAGUGAACCGUGCAUGAGAACAAACACUCGCUUGGCUCGUUCAAUUCUUCUCGCUCGAGCAUGCGGAAAUUCCGUUUCUUCGACAACAACAAACCUGCACCUCUUUUCGUUCCGCCUCCGUCGCCGGCUGCGUCGUCUAUCCACCCACCCACAUCGGGUUCGCAAGCGAUACUCGAGGGCAACACCAAGAUCAUGGAGAAGAAGAAGUUGGGCUCGCUGGUUGCGCGCUGUGUUCAGUUCUUCUCCGCGGCCAUCGUUCUCGGCCUCUCCAUCUCCAUCUACAAGCACCUGAAGCACUUCCUGGGCUUGUGUCACGACUAUUACGCCAAACGCGACUGCGGCAAAGCGAUCGAUCCAUGGACGCCAGUACACGCUUUCUCUGCUUGCGUUGGGGUAGUCGGGCUGCUGAGUGCUGCGAUCGGCAUCAUUGCCACGGUCACAUCGCUCGGAGAAAAGAAGAUCGUGGCCUUGGUGACCACCAUCCUCGACGUGCUCGCUGCUCUCUUCUUCUUGGCUGGUGGAGUGACCUCUGCCGUCAAAUACGCCGGCGACGUGAUCCCAUGCGACUCGCCACCCAAGGAGCAUAUCUUGACCUUACCACCAUGUUCUCGCGCCAGAGCCGCCACGGCCUUCCUCUUCAUUGGGCUACUGGCUACGCUCGUCGCCUCGGCCCUCGCUUUCUUCAGUGGUCGAGCCAGCGGCAAGCGCUCUACUUCUGGCCCAGUCGGACAUGAGCUGUAAGGGAGUGACUCCAAUGUCAGCGAUAUCUCAGAGGUGGCGCAUGGAACUACGCGGGAGGAAUUGUCUUCUCGUGGUGCUUGGAGAAACGAAUUAUGCGCAUUGGUGGGUUCUCGGAUUCUUGGGAUUGCUUUUGCGUCCGAUUGAGAGGCAAGGAGAUGCUUGAGGUGGGUCGAUGAUCGGGCAGUAGCAGUAUACUUGAUCUGCAAGAGAUACACGAUGCAGGCACAGCCGCAAAGCUUUUAGACUGUCUAAUAUAUUGCCCGCAAACCAUGCCCCGUCCCUCUUCACUCGUGCAGGCAUCCGAGCGCGUCCGCGUCGCUUCAGAUGGUCACGUGGAUCACGAUAUUUCAGAGGAAUAUUCGAGGUCCGAUGCACAAGAGUCAUUGACAUGCC